CCUUCUCAGAUCAGAAACGGAGCAAAAGAGGUGCAGGCGACCAUAGGGAGGUUAUUCACCUUAUUGUAUUGUGGCUUAAAGUUUUUAAAGAAAAGAAAAGAGACUUUAGGAAAGCGGUUUUCGGAGAGAAUAGUCCGUGCGCCCUUUGAGAGAGGAAAGACAGGAGGGCAAAGGUUGAAUCAUGAAGAUUGUAAAGUGGCUGGAUUACAAAGAACUGCCAUUCCUACUUUCCUUAGAAGAAUGCACGCAAAAAACCUUAGAUCAGACCGGGAGCUCGAUAUUCAGAAAGAAGGUGGUAGGGCGCUUGAACUAGACAUCUUGGAAGCACAGCCAUCCGAGGAAUCUCCAGUCUUUUUCUUUGCAAAAGUAGAGAUCUUUAGUAAAGAGAAACUGCUUUCUCCACUUUUCACAAGGGAUCUAUUGUUCUAA